UGAGUAUAGCUGAGGCUAAUGAUUUAUUAAUUUUCUGUAAAUUUUAUAUCAAGCACUGGGUAUCAAGGCAGCUAGAAUCCACAUUGUGGUCUAUAGAAAUCAUAACAGUGUCUUGUGCUUUUGGUGCUUUGUUUGAUUCCUCCAUGCUCCCUCUGUCACACAGGCUGAACUUGUAAGAACCAUGUCGCUCCAACCUCCUCGUAUUUCGGUAUUCACCUUUCAGUCUGCAGUGCAUAGCGCCCAUGUUCUCCAGUGUCUGGAUGAGCAGAGGCAGCAGGAUGUUCUGUGUGAUGUGACUGUGGUUGUGGAAAACAGGAGUUUUCGGGCCCACUGCUCUGUCUUGGCUUCCUGCAGUGAAUACUUUCACAGCAGGGUUACCCAUGUCACCAGACAUAAUCCCAUCAUCACCUUGCCUGACGAGGUGACUGUCGAAGGGUUUGAGCCUUUGCUUCAAUUUGCAUACACAUCAAAGCUGCCCUUCACCAAAGAAAACAUUCAUGCCAUUCACAGCAGUGCUGAGUUUUUAGGAUUUCAUAACUUGGAGUCAGCUUGCUUUGAUUUCCUCAUCCCUAAGUUUUCUGAAGGCAAAAGAACCUCUCAGGAGGUCAGGCGCAGAGCCUGUUGUCGAAGUCGGGAUCCAAGUGCCAGCUUUGGCUCCAGUGUAAAGAGCAGCCAACCAAACUCAAUAGAGUCUCACAGCUCAGUGCCUUCAGGAGGUGAUGAACAAGAAAACUUUCCAUCACAGUGUCCUCAGACCGCAGAGGGUCAGACGAACAGCAGGGAAGAACACUUCUGUUUGGAGAACUGUGGGCCGCAAAUGCCCCCGCUAUCUCUAGAGUUAACAACAAAUGUUGUGUGCCCCAUGUUGUCUUUGCCGUGCCCAGAAUCUGAAAAAGCAGAUCACCCCCCUCAGUAUUGCGAAAGAGACAUUUUAGAGAUAGGAGAUGUGUGUAAUGAAAGUGAAUUAAGUUUGGCCAACUGUGGCUUACCCUGUGAGCUGUCGGCCCCAGGGGAUGUGAAUCCACCAGAGCUCAGUGAGCCAGCAAGUAGCGAUGUUAAACAGGCUGUUGAGACGCUGGUUGCUGAAACCAACUGUGCUCCUGGUUCCUGCCCCCUCAACACAUCAGGGGUGGAAGAUUGCAGUGAGUUAUUAAAGCAGACUGAUGUUGGCCUUGAACAGAGCAUGGCAGGUGAUCUCUCAGAUGCUACGCUAACUGCUCUAAGCCAGGAGGAGGGGACUGGGGAGAGGAGCAGCGUGGAAAGGGAGGUAGCUGAACAUCUGGCAAAAGGAUUUUGGUCUGAUCUAUGCCCAUCUCAGGCUCAACCACUUCCCCUGGAUCCCAUUGACCAAAACAAUCUAGCAAAAGCUUCAGACUUUCAUUGGCUUAAGCAGCUGGACCUGAGCUCCAGUGUAGGAGACUGUCCCUUUCUAAGGGACCUCGCUACAGAUGAGGACCCAGGUCAACGCACUGACAACCUGUCCCAGUCAGAGAAGAGCCCCUACAUGUCCUCCUCGCUCAACUCUGGGGAUGAGUCAGACCUAGACACAGAUGGAGAUACUGAGGCAAACAACAAAAGAGCAGCAGAGAUUCAGCUCCCAUUCCCCGUGGAGCAGAUCUCAGCCCUGAGCCGGAGUGCCUUCCAGCAGCUUCUGAGACACCACAACCUGACCCCAGAUCAGCUGGACUUUGUUCACGAUGUCCGCAGAAGAAGCAAAAACCGUGUGGCAGCACAGCGCUGCCGAAAGAGGAAAAUAGACAGCAUAUGCCAGCUAGAAUGUGAAAUCAAAAAAUUAAAAAGCGAGAAAGAGCGCCUGCUGCAGGAGCGCACUGAGCUGGAACAAAACCUGGAGGAGACGCGGCAGAGUCUGUGUGGGUUGUGUAAGAGUGUCAGCAUCGAGUCUGGCUCUGAUCAUGAGCACUUGCAGAUUCUUGCUAAGCUCUCCUCACCAGACUUACCCAUCUCCUUGCCAGACUUACCUAUCUCCUCCCCUUGCCUUGUGGGUAAAGACGACGGUGCCCAGAUCACUAUUGAAAUGGUAAGUUGUUCUUCAGAGUGUGACCUAAGCAAGCCGCCUGCCGGCUCCGGUCAAAGUGCUGCAUCAGAGGCUGGCACACAGACAGAGGAGGCUGGUCUUCCACAGAGUUCCCCUGAUCCUGCACCCCUGCUAAAUGCCUGUCUGGACAUGAAUAACAUCUUAUAAUUGGACUCAAAUUCCAGUUAUAUUUCUUAUCAUGCAAGACCUUGGAGCAGAGGGUGGACAUUUAGUAUAUACUGUAAUCCCUUUUGGGAUGGAUACACUUUUAAUUUACAGUAAUGUCAAAAAGAUAGGACAUCUCAUGAAAACCUUUGUCUUUUCAUCAUAUCUAUUUUAAUAAAUUAAUAUUGAGAUAUCUUGGUGACACAACGAAACAGAAAAAUCUAUCAUUAUGAGGAAAAAGUUUGGACAAAUCCACAUUUAUCCAUGCGUUCAAUACCCUAUUUUAGAUUCAUGUUCAACACACCAAAUAAUUGGAACAUCAUUUCAGAACACCACAGUCUUGGGAGAGCCUUUCUGUUAAUCUUCAGACAGCUGCCCUUGAUUGUUAAAGUGAGUGGUAUCGCCACACUGAGAUUAAAGGGCUCAUCAGUAGAAUCUGGGGAAGGGGUUUUGAGAAUUCAUCUUAAAAUAGUGAUUAGACAUUCAAGCCUUUCUAGUAAAUCAGCCUUGGAGCAGAGUGUGAGAUGCUUAAAGAAGUCUCCACUAAUCCUGAAAUAUCAUCACCAGACAUAGAGGUAGCAUAAAGUUCAUGCAUGAUGUUUCAUGGGGAAAGCCGUUUCUGGCUGAACAAUGUGCUUUGGACAGAUAUUACCAAAAUUAAAGUAUUAUGCCACAAUAAUCAAAAACAUGAUUUGUCAAUCUAAAGACAUCAAGUUGAGCACAAGAACCUCAUGCCAUCUGUGAAGCAUGGAGCCGCAAAUGUUUUUCAGCGCUCUGGCCUUCUUGUUCGUCGUGGAAUCUACUUUAAAUUCUACAAUGUAUCAAAGAGUGCGGUUGUUGCCUAUGAAACAUUACAAUGACCCAAAACAUUCAUUUAAAACUACCAAGCAAUUUGCCUGAUAUCAAACAUCAUGGUCAACUUGCUCCACUCUGUUUCCAUCUUUAAACAAUCAAACUAUUCAGUGGAUCAGUGGAUCAGUGGAGGAGGUGGAGGAGGUGGGCUCAAAGGUCUGACCAAAACAAACGAGAAGCAACUCAAAAUCAAUAGUCAAACUGGUCCAAAAUGGACUUUUACUGAGCAGUGCUUUUCUUGGAUUUAGACCACUAAAAGUGCUUGCCACAUUCACCCAUUCACACCACAUUCACACACGUUUUAAAAGGAUGCUACUGUACGUGAAGAUCUUAAUCCUUUGUGAGAGGAUGAGAGUGUUUAAAACAGGAUGUUCUACAAGAAAGCUCUCGAACUUCUCAGCUGAAAUAAUUCUGCAUAGAAGAGUGGGACAAACAUUCAUCCUCAUGUGAUACCAGGAAAAGGUCAACAGUUGCUGAAAACAUUUAAUCAGUAUUGUUAAGCCAAUGACGGCAACACCAGCCAUGACAGCAAUGGCUGCAAAAACAUAUUCCUCAUUAGAUGAAAUAAAUGAUAACAGAUGUCUGCUGUUAUUGUUUUAAUCACAUACAAUGCAUCUAUAAACAUCUCUAACAGAAGAGGAGAUUUCAUGGGAUGUCCUUUUUUAUUUUAUUUCUUUUUCUUUUUUUUUUAACACAAAUACAGAUUUCUUAAAAGUUACUGUUUGUUUCUGUAUUUCUAAUAUGCAUUUCACGGUUAACAAAGAAUCUAAUAUUAAUGUAGAAAGUGCAGAACAAAUUGAAGUAUUUUCUAACUGUUUCCAUUUUUAAAAACAAGAAGCAUGUUUCUUAAAACACAAGUUUGUUUUUCUCAGGGAAACUCAUAACCUGACUGUAUCAAUGGCUCAAAUCAUUCUUACUGCACACACACCCCAACUAAUGCUCCCUUUGCACAUUUACUCUCACAGUUGGGAAAAAAAACAUUUUUUCUUUCAUUUUUGGAUAUUUUAAAACAUUUUAAUCUUGUCACAUACUGUCACUUUGUUGUUUUCUUUCAGGCACCGCACUUACAGUGCUUUUUACCCAGCAUUGCGAGAAAUAGUUACCGCUAACAAUAAGUCUCUCAGCAUUAUUAUUAUGCCAGUACAUAGUUUAGAUAAUUAAUAACUGUUAACAACUGAUAUCUUGAAAAUGGCUGUAGAGUCUCUGAAAGUAUUACACGGGGAACAUCAUUUGAUGCAAGACGUGCCUUAUGCAGUUGUAUAGUCUGAUACAGGCCAUCUUUGUAUGUUGUUGUCUCGAGCACUGUUGCACAUUAACCCAGAGCCUUUAUGGAGGGCAUUCUCUUAAGAUUUGGUCCAUCUUUAUGUUAAGAAAUUUUUGUUAAAUGCUGCCAUAUGUAACAGAUUUAAAUAAACAAUGUUUUGUUA